GCAAUCCAUCUAUUGAUUGAAUCAUCCGAACAAGAGAUAGAGAUCAAGCAAAUAAGAAUAGAGUGUUUGUUGCUUUAGUUCUUAUUUUUGUUAUCUAGCUAUUCUUUGUUACAAGGGAACUAAGUAUAAACUCUCAACAACAUGGAUAAGGAUGAAGCGAAAAGGGCAUUGGAUAUUGCUGAGAAGAAACUUUCAGAGAAUGAUUACGUUGGAGCCAAGAAAUUUGUUUACAAGGCUCAGAGUUUAUACCCGGAUCUUGAUGGCUUGAACCAAGUGUUGAUGAUGAUCGAUGUUUAUACCUCUGCAGAAAUCAAGAUUAGUGGAGGAAUAGAAACUGACUGGUACGGAGUUCUUGGUGUUGAUUAUAAGGCUGAUGAUGAAAUAGUGAAGAGGCAGUACAAGAACUUAGCCCUUUUGCUUCAUCCGGACAAGAACAGAUUUAAUGGAGCGGAAGGCGCGUUUAAGCUGGUUUUACAUGCUUGGUCUCUGUUAUCUGACAGGGCUGAGAGAUUCCUCUAUGAUGAAAGGAGGAUGCAGAAGAAACCACCACCAAGUGCAAAGGCUAAGGAUGCGCCUUCAAAUCAGUUUUGGACAAUGUGCAGUGAGUGUAAGACACGAUGCGAAUAUUGGAGGGAUUCUUAUCUUAACAAGACCGUACUAUGUCCAAUGUGUGGUAAGACUUUCAUUGCAACCGAGCAAAUUCCACGGGCAGUUAAGAAAACCGGCAAGACCUACAAUGUAUUGUUUGGAUAUUGUAGAUGAUGAAUCUUAACUGUUUGACUUUUUUUAAGAAG